AUGAUCAAAAUUACAUUAUUAUAUGUUAUACUGAUAAUUAGUUAUGUUCAUUACAAUCAAGCAGAAGAAUCGACCACAGAAUUAGUUCCGACUAGUAUUCUAAAGGGAAAUCUCGUCGAAGGAAAUGUAUCCAAUAGCAUUAUUCUACCAGCAUCGAAAAUGAAUUUGAAUGACACACCUAAAGUUCAUCCUGAUGAGAUGAAAGGUUAUUACGACUGGUUGAGUUUUCUUAAGUCAUCGACGCCUGAUCUUCCAAAAAAUGCCACAGGAGAACACAAAACUGCGUAA